AUGUCACGUGAUUCUCGUGCCCAGUUACAACGAAACGUGCAGGUUUCUGAUGAACUGAAGCCGCAUUUCAGAGUGACUACGAUCAUGGAACGACCAUAUGUUAUGCUGAAGAAGAACUUCUAUGAAUUGAAUGAGAAUUCUCGUUUAGAGGGAUUUUGCAUCGACCUUCUUGCACAACUCUCUCGAGAUCUUGGUUUCACUUAUACUAUUCGUCUAGUUAAAGAUAGAAGUUAUGGAAACGAUAUUCAUGGCAACGGAACUUGGGAUGGUAUGGUUGGUGAAAUUCUACGUGGAGAAGCAGACAUGGCUGUGGCACCUUUAACGGUGAACUUCAAACGAGCCGAGGUUGUUGAUUUCACGAAACCAUUUCUUUCGUUUGGCAUCAGCAUUCUUUUCAAGAUACCUGCCGAUAAUCAACCAGAUGUUUUUUCUUCACUAAAUCCAUUGCCACUGCAAAUAUGGAUAUGUAUCCUCGUAGCGAUAUUCGGUCUAACACUUGGUAUGUACACAGUGGCACAUUUAACACCAUACGAAUGGAAUCUUAACUUUUCUUGUUGCACUGCUCACCAACCACAUCCAGCAGCACAAUUCUCGUCUUCAACUUCACCAGUUCAACUGUCCAAUAACUACAGCUUUUGGAAUACACUAUGGUACGUAAUGAGUACAAUGCUAAAAGGCGGUUGUGAUUUUGGACCACGAGCCGUUUCAACCAGACUGCUUGGUGGUGUGUGGUGGGUUUUCACGUUGGUUAUUGUUUCUGCCUAUACAGCCAAUCUAGCGGCCGUGUUGACCGUUUCAAGACCAUUCAUCCCGAUAAAGAACUUAGAUGACCUCGCCAAUCAAUCAGCAAUUUCAUACGGUAUCAUUCGAGGUGGAUCUACUAUGCAGUUCUUCCAGGAUCGAGAUGUGUUUCUUACAAAUAAUGCAGAAGGAGUUGAGAAAGCGCUCAACGAAAACUAUGCGUUCUUGAUGGAGUCAAUCUCAUUGGAAUAUGAAGUGCAACAAAAUUGCAAUCUCACUCAGAUCGGUGGUGUCUUAGGUUCAAAAGGUUACGGUAUCGCUCUAGGAAAAAAAUCUGAAUGGACUGAUCGAAUUUCGCGUCAAAUUUUACUGUAUGCAAAAAGAGGCGUCAUUGAAAUGAAGAAAACUAAAUGGUGGCGUUCAAGAGGAGCGCCAUGUUCUGGUGCGAAUUCCGCAAUGCCACAGCAUCGAUUCGCCUUGAGUAUGCACAAUGUAGCUGGUCUUUUUAUCAUUCUUUUCGUUGGGCUUGUUCUUGCGUUUUGCACUGUUAUUAUCGAGUUCUGUAUUCGAAGCAGGCAAGUCGCUAAACUGGAAAAGGUGAAACUCAUUUGA